CUCAAACACGAAACUUACGUUUGAGAACAGGGCGGACUGUGGCAGUCGGUCGGCCGAGUCUCGUACUCGAUUCUGCAUUGUACACGUUGCUUCCCGAUCUCCAAGCUCCUCCUCCAUUGCAUUGCGAUGCUAAGGCCCGUGUUUUGACUGUUGCUUUGUAGUUUCCAAACUCACGAACGAUCAAGAUUGCACAGCCACAGCAAUGACACGUCUAGCAAGUUUCAUCCCCAGAUGGAUGUGUGACACGAAGAAACGGAACAUCCUAGCGGCUCUUUCUUUCUUGCUAAUAUUCAGUGUAGUGUAUGUACGAUUUACUGUAGAUUCAAGGUUCGCCAUCGCGUCUUACAUUAGCAACUUGAGACGGGACCUACGUAGUGCAACAGAUGCUAAUUCAUCACCUUCUUACUGGGACGCAUUGCUGGACUCGGACACGUUAACAGGUAACCAGGUCAUGGAAUACUUCUUGUGGAGCAACCGACCAUCCUGCCAACUGGUCCACGAUUUCGGUGGCACAAUGUACGCAAACCCGUCAGGCAUGGACGGCCAGAAAUCAGUGUGCAUCGAUCCUCAAGUGGCCCCCAAACCUGACGAUUGUCUUGUUUACUCUUUCGGCAUCAACGACGAAUGGUCUUUCGACGAACAAAUGUCAGACUACGGAUGUCAAGUGUUUGCUUUUGAUCCGUCCAUGGGCAAGGAUCCGCACGACCACAGCCCUGGCAAUGUCCAUUUUUACGAUUGGGGACUAGGAGAUCGAGACAAGCACGACGUUGACUACAACUGGAAGAUCAGGUCGCUUUCCUCCAUUUACGAGGAACUAUCCGUCGGCCACGGCCGUAAGAUCAUCGACUAUUUGAAAAUGGAUAUCGAGGCUGCCGAAUGGACAGUCCUGCCCGAGAUCAUUCGUUCCGGCAUGUUGUCCAACAUCCGCCAAUUGGGUAUGGAAAUCCAUCUCGUCACUGAUGCUCCUCUAGACAAAUAUCGCGAGUUGGCUAAACUGCUUAGGUCGAUGGAGAACAUGGGGAUGGUUCGCUUCGAUUCAGAGUACAAUCCGUGGUUUCUUGGUGAUUUCGUACAACUCCAGCUGUGGAAACAUACGCAAGGCUACGAAAUUGCGUGGUACAAUAGCAAUCUAUUGCGUCCUGUAACACCUGCGUGAAUAUUGGUUUUUUUUUUUAAAUCUUGCGUGUAAUUGUAUAAAGAGCACAUGUAACUUUAUAUGUAUACAGAUUCCAUGAACAAAGCAAUCCAACAAAUAUACAUUACUCUUUA